GUGAGAAAGAAAAGUCAACAGAUGGAACAGACUGAGCGAAGGGAAGAGUAGUUCUUAAAGACUGGUCUCUGUGUCUCGCUACUACUAUGGAGUAAGUAAGGUACGUAGUUUCAACUACUACUUACCAACUACCUGAGAGGUAAUCGAUAGGAAAUGCGCUGGUUAUUGGUUCUUAUUGGUUGUAAGGAGCCGAAGCAGUGCAAAUUGGCGGCCUUGUGGCCUGGUUUCUCUGACGUCGUGCGGACCUUCCCUUUCGGGAAAGCAAUUGAAUCUCCUCCAUUCUUUUCCCCAAACUCCGCGUUUCUCUCUCAUCCACUUUAUACAAAGUACAUACUGUGUAUACCUACUCCGAUUACAGUCUUGGUGGUUCCACUUGUCAUCUAUCGCGUUCGCAUCUAAGGGUAAAGUUUCCGAACUACUACAACAGUCUUUUUGACUAGUUUUCUUUUACCAUAAAAAAAGAAAAAAAAAAAAAAAAAAAAAAAA